CCCUUGGAUUAUUAUUAUUUUCAUUUAUUCUUUGAUUUCCAAUUUUUAUUUCCAGCUGAAACAACCCAAAACUGAAACCACCAUUAGAGAAGAAAAUCAUAACUCCCCUUUUCCCCUUCUUUCUCAUCUCUAGCUUUUCCUCUCUGGAACCACAACUUUCCUCUUCUGGGUCUUCUCGUUUUCCAUCCUUCACGCCUUUUUUAGCCUCUGUGCUGUUUGUUCUUUUUCGCUAAUGGUUUUUUGGUUCUUCUCUCUCCUCCAGGUCAAUCUCAAUAAGUUGUGAAAUGCUGUUGUCGUUGGAGAUCGCUGGCAUGCUAGAGUAGCGCUAUUGUUGUUGUUGCUGCUAGGUUUUUGUUGUUGUUGUUUUGUAAUUUUGAUCAAAGAACAUCAGACGUGGACAGUUUUGGUUUCAGCAAGAACUAUGGGCUACCUCAACUCCGUCUUAUCAUCAUCGACUCAGGUUUAUGCUGAGGAUGGACCUGUGAGCGGCGGUGGACUAAGUCAUAACGGGAGGUUCAGCUAUGGAUAUGCAAGCUCACCAGGGAAAAGAGCUUCGAUGGAAGAUUUUUAUGAGACAAGAAUCGAUGGUGUUGAUGGCGAGAUAGUUGGUCUGUUUGGAGUUUUCGAUGGACAUGGGGGUGCUCGAGCUGCUGAAUAUGUGAAACAAAAUCUUUUCAGUAAUCUGAUUAGACAUCCAAAGUUCAUUUCUGAUACUAAAUCAGCUAUAGCUGAUGCAUAUAACCAUACAGACUCAGAAUUUCUGAAGUCGGAAAAUAAUCAAAACAGGGAUGCUGGAUCGACUGCUUCUACUGCGAUCCUUGUUGGUGACCGUUUGCUUGUUGCAAACGUCGGGGAUUCCAGAGCAGUUAUAUGCAGAGGUGGAAAUGCUCUUGCUGUUUCUAGAGACCACAAACCUGACCAAACUGAUGAGCGGCAACGGAUUGAGGAUGCAGGAGGAUUUGUAAUGUGGGCUGGAACUUGGAGAGUCGGCGGAGUUCUUGCUGUCUCUCGAGCUUUUGGUGAUAGGCUUUUGAAGCAGUAUGUUGUUGCUGAUCCAGAAAUUCAGGAGGAAAAGGUUGACAGCUCUCUUGAGUUUCUUAUCCUCGCAAGUGAUGGAUUGUGGGAUGUCGUCACAAAUGAGGAUGCUGUUGCAAUGAUCAAGCCGAUACAGGACCCAGAGGAGGCAGCAAAGAGGCUGCUGCAGGAGGCCUACCAGAGAGGCAGUGCUGACAAUAUCACUUGCGUUGUUGUUCGUUUCUUGGCAAACCAGGGGGGUUCCUCUCUCAGUGGUUCUGGGUAAGCAUUAUGGCAUUGAAUGGAGUUUAGUUCCUCCUUAUGGAGAAAAGAAAUGCAAUAAAAGUCGGUGAUUAAUGGCUAGUCUCAGAAACACUACAGUAGCAUCGUAGUGUUAUAGAUAGAGAACUUAACAGGCUGCUAAUGUGUAUGUCUGUAUUAUCAGCCCUCUAGCAUAGAACUGUACUUGAGUAGCUUUUGUACUUGGGUCCCAAGUGUAGCUAGAAAUCUGCAUGUAUGAAUAUGUAAAAAAGCAUGGAGACUAUGUUCUCUUAAUUUAUGUUGUAAAUGUGGUUUGAAACUUGUCGUCAGUUGUUGGGUAAGAUUUUGAUUCGUGGUUUU